AGCGAGUUUGUGAGCGCAGAGUGAGGACGGAGCUGCUGCAGAGGACAGUUUCUAUCAGAAAGUGGGUCUGCAAAACCUGCUCAGGGAUUCUGCAACAGGAAGAAGACCCAUCCUGCGAUUUUUACACGGGGACACUUACGAUAUGGUCUGGUCCCGAGAGAGCGAGGCUGAGCGGCCUCCACUGUCUGUUAUCCUCCCGCAGCUCUACCUCGGAGCGGAGAGAGACGUGACGGAGGACCAGCUGGCCUCUCUGGGUAUCUCCUACGUGCUGAGCGUGAGCCGAUGCAGCCCCCAGCCCUCCUUUCUGCCUCGCUCCAGAUAUCUUCGCAUCCCCAUUGAUGACUCCCUGUGGGACGACUUGCUGCCCUGGAUCCCACAGGCUCUGCAAUUCAUCGAUGCAGCCAUGUCCUCUGGUGCGUCCGUGUUGGUUCACUGUGCAGCAGGGAUCUCCCGCUCCCCGGCUCUGGCUGUAGCCUACAUCAUGCACAGCUUGGGGAUGGACCUGGACCGCGCCUACAGGUUUGUGAAAGAGCGCCGCCCCUCCAUAUCCCCAAACUUCAACUUCCUGGGUCAGCUGCAGCAUUUCCAGGCCACUCUGAGCACGAAGGCCUCUGGAGGAGACCUCCCCGUCCAGCAGCUGGACAAUCGUCUGCCAUCCAUCAAUGACAAUGACAGUAUUAAACACUCUCACAUCAGUCACAACAUGAAUUAUCAGGCCGACAGCGUCACCGGAGAGGUCAAACAGGCACACAGAGAGAAUGUCUACCACACAGAUAAAACACAGCAGAGACACACACGUUCAGACGGUACAAAAAAACUUCAGACUCUUCAUUUGACUCUUAAUCUAAUCCAGACGCCAUGUGAGGUCUCAGCUCCGAGCCCCUGUGAGCCUGUCAAACCAGCAGAAAAGCCGACCCAACUACAACUCCCAGCAGGCUCUGCUUCUCUAUUAGAGAAACGCAAAAGCCUCACCCUUGUUUUGACCCCUCUGGGAAACAGCUCCCCCUCCGAGGCAAGAAGCAGCCAGCAGGCAAAGGGUACAGCUGCAUCCAAAACGGUCCACACUCGGGGAACAGGAGAAAAGCCUGACGCCACAAAGACAAACCCUGGAUCCUAUAAGCAGACAGAGGACACUCGCAGAGAGCAGAGUCCCUCCAGCGGGAAGUGCAGCACAGCAGAGGUGAAGGAGCAGAGCCUGAUGUCUCCGUUCAGCUUCACUCUCAACAAGCUGCUGGACUGGGGGGAGAGGGUGCUGUUGGGAGGGGUGUUUGCCCACCCAGUAAGAAUGGGACAGCCUGCACUGCCGUACAGGUGCUGAGGGUGCUGAGGGUGUUGCAGGAUGUUGAGGGUUGUGUCUGUUUGUGUCUGUGCAUGUUUGUCAAAUUGAACCAAACCCCAGAUUAUGUGUGGUACACACAUAUGCAGGAGGUCUGAAAGAACUUUUGUCUUCUAUUUAUUUAUGUAUUUAUUUAUUUAUUGCAGAGCUUAAUAUAAAAACUAUACAAUGACAAUAAACCUCCACACAAUUGCAUCUUGUUUAUGAGAUAUUGACACUGGUCAGCUUAUCUUGAUAUUUGUAAGAAUCAGUUAUUUUAAAAGACUUAAAAAUACUUUUUGGACAAUGGCUUGAGAUGUAUUUACUGAUGAUUAAAAAUGACAUUCCAAUCAAGUCUCAUUGCUUU